UGAAAUUAUAAUUGUUCAACAGGGGAUGUUUAAUUGUCCUACGUAUCUGAUCCAACCUCUGAUAUUUCCAUGUGUACAUAAUGUCAUAUUCACCAAUCAUAAUUUCAUUGGAUUUCUGUGAUCGCCUAUUGUUCCUUAUCUUCAUAUUUUAAAAAUUGAAAUAUUAUUUGCAAUAACAGUGUGAAUUUAAACUUAAAUAUUAAAUUUUUGCCCUGAGAGAAAAAAAUUAUCACCAAAUUACUGUAACCCAACUAUUAUUCGCGUCAUCUUUUAUUCGCGAUUCCUCAGUUUGAAAUCAAUCCGCGGUGAUUAAUUUUCACGAAUGAGGAAACGUUUUCUACAAAAACAAAGCGAAAUAAAUGAUUCGCGGCGAUUAAUAUUCGCGACUCAAAGAGGUUGCAAAACUCGCGAAUAUUUCUCUCACGCGAAUAAAUGUUGGUUUACAGUAUGUCAAGUGUUCUAAAAUUGUAAGUCCCAGCAUAGUUCAUUUGUUUAAAGUUCAAUAAAAGGAAAAAAAUAUUAAUAACAGACAAUGAUUUGUAUUACAUAUGUAAAACAGAAAAUCAAAAUGAUAUCCUUGUAGUUAUGCAGUGACCAAGAAAAAGAUAGCAGAACAACAGCUGCAGAAAGUGGUGGACACAAUUAACCAGACACGACGUGGAACCAAAAACGUCCACUUCUUUAUCAUGACUAAAUGGGAAAACGACACGAGCUUUGAUGUGGUCAUUGAAAUUUCCACUGAGAAGAAAUUAUCGGACAGAAAGAAAUACUGGGAGGACGAGGGAUAUGAAUCGCCGGAAGUGUCCGACAUCUACGAAAUCAAAUCGGAAGAAACAUUUAAGAUCGAAUUUGGAGGAAAUGUCUUCGAUGAUGAAUCAAUGACCGAAAGAAUUUUAGAGUUUCACAAGAAACGAAAAAUUAACCAUAUUGUUACCAGAAUCAUAACAGACGAAGUGGAAGAACCGAAAAUUAGAAUGCAAAUUCACAGAGGUAUUACUGUGCCUUACGAAGAAAAGAUAAUAGUUAUGGAGAAUAUGCUGUUUUGCUUCCAAUCACAGAAAAUAAAGGCGGAGAAGAGAGAGAAAUUAGAAUAUUCCAGACUCGCUGACAUGGGAGUGAAUCUAAAGUUUCCAUCACCACCUACACCUGAACCGGGAAUAGUGAAGUCACCAUCUUUACACCAGUCUAUGGAAAUCUUAACAGAACCAGAGGAAGUAGAGCCACAGCCAGCUUCUCCUUCCUCACAACGAUCUGUGGAGAGCUUAUCAGAGUUAUCCGAAGAGGCGAAGGAAGAGAACGAGAAAUUUAAAAAGGUGGCUGCAAGUGAAAACACUGAAAUUACGUAUUCCGUUUUGAACCCUUCCAGCAUAAAUGCCCUCUGUAAAUGCUUUACACUGGACGAAGCUGGUCUGUUUGCACUACAGAUGGGUCUCCCAAUCUCCAUAAAACAGGAACUCUUUGAAGCAGAAAAUCCAGCUAAAGAAUUAACCUUUAGAUUACUUCGUCUUUGGGGAGGAUCAAAACAUAGUAGAGUGAGAAUCAGAAAAAUUCAUAAAGGAUUAAUGAUCAUCAACAGAAAUGAUCUGGCUGAAAUAUUUAGUAAAGCCUUCAAAGAGGAUCUUCCUUUUCCUGAGAACACAAUUACCUCGUCAGUCUUGAACUACUCAAGAACAGAUUCAGAAGAACUCGUCUUCUAAACAUGUUUGGAGUGUUCUGCACACAUGUAGAUGUUCCGAGAUUGAAAAGAAGGGAACUCUAUUUAUACAGUAUUGUUAGCUCACCUGAGCCGAAGGCUCAAGUGAGCUUUUCUGAUCACAUUUUGUCCGGCGUCCGUCUGUCUAGCUGUCCGUCUGUCCGUCUGUCUGUCUGUAAACUUUUCACAUUUUCGACUUCUUCUCAAGAACCGCUGGGCCAAUUUCAACCAAACUUGGCACAAAGUAUCCUUGGGUGAAGGGGAUUCAAGUUUGUUCAAAUGAAGGGCCACGCCCUUAUUCAAGGGGAGAUAAUUGGGAAUUAAUGAAAAUUUAGUGGUAUAUUUUAAAAAUCUUCUUCUCAAGAACCACUGUGCCAGGAAAGAUGAAACUUAUGGGGAAACAUCCUCAGGUAGUGUAAAUUCAAGUUUGUUCAAAUCAUGACCCCGGGGGUAGGGCGGGGCCAAAAUGGCCGACCAAAGUUUUUCAUAGAAAUAUAUAGGAAAAUUCUUUAAAAAUCUUCUUCUCAAGAAUAACAAAGCCAUAAUUCAUCAUAUUUAUAUGGAAGCAUGCUCAGGUAGUGUAGAUUCAAAUUUGUUCAAAUCAUGACCCCCGGGGGUAGGGCGGGGCCAAAAUGGCCGACCAAAGUUUUUCAUAGAAAUAUAUAGGAAAAUUCUUCAAAAAUCUUCUUCUCAAGAAUGACAAAGCCAUAAUUCAUCAUAUUUAUAUGGAAGCAUGCUCAGGUAGUGUAGAUUCAAGUUUUUCAAAUCAUGACCCCCGGGGGUAGGUCGGGGCCAAAAUGGCCGACGAAGGUUUUACAUAGAAAUAUAUAGGAAAAUUCUUUAAAAAUCUUCUUCUCAAGAAUGACAAAGCCAUAAAUCAUCAUAUUUAUAUGGAAGCAUGCUCAGGUAGUAUAGAUUCAAGUUUGUUCAAAUCAUGACCCUGGGGGGUAGGGAGGGGCCAAAAUGGCCGACCAAUGUUUUAGAUAGAAAUAGGAAACAGGAAAGAUGAAACUUAUAGGGAAGCAUCCUCAGGUAGUUUAGAUUCAGGUUUAUUCAAAUCAUGAACCCUUGGGGUAGGGCGGGGCCACGAUGGCCGAUCAAAGUUUUAUAUAGAAAUAUAUAGGAAAAUUUGUUAAAAAAUCCUCUUCUCAAGAAUUAUCAAAGGCAUGAAUGAUCAUAUUUAUAUGGAAGCAUCUUCAGGUAGUGGAGAUUCUACUUUGUUCAAAUUAUGACCCGUGGGGCCACAAUGGCCGAUCAAAGUUUCACAUAGAAAUAUAUAGGGAAAAUCUUUUUAAAAAUCUUCUUCUUUGGAAUAGCAAAGGCAUGAAUGAUCAUAUUUUUAUGAAAGCAUCUUCAGGUAGUGUAAAUUCAAUUUUGUUAAAAGCAUGACCCAUGGGGGUAGGGCGGAGCCACAACAUGGAAUCCAAGUUUUACAUAGAAACAUGUAGGAAAAUCUCUAAAAAUCUUAUUUUCAAAAA